AUGGGAGUGGCCGAGGAUUUUGCUCCUAGUUUUACGCAAAAACCUCAACUUCGUCAGGAAGACGAGGGAAAUCGUCUCGUCUUCGAAUGCCAACUCCUAUCAUCUCCCAAACCUGAAAUUCAUUGGUUUAGGGGUGAAACUGAAUUAUUCGAAGAUAAUCGAACGGUUUUUAAAACGCAACCAAUCGAAAACAAUAAAUUCCUUGUCGCAUUAGAAUUGGAUGAUGUCGUCGAAGAAGAUGCCGGACUUUAUAAAGUUAAAGCAAAAAAUAAAAUGGGUGAAGUGGCGGCAUCGAUAAACCUUAAUUUUAGCCCUGUCGAUGAGCCGCAAGAAAAGCAAAUAGAUGGUCUAGCACCAUCUUUUUCUAAAAAACCAGCCAUAAGACAAGAAGAAGAUGGGAAAAAAUUAUUAUUCGAAUGCAGAAUACAAGCCGAUCCAAAACCGACCGUUACUUGGUUUCACGAUGGCGUUCUCGUUAAAAAUACUCCCAGACACAAGAUUUUACUCGAUAAAGAUGGACACUCAUAUUUUGCUACAUUAGAAAUAAAAAAUGUUACAGUAGAAGAUGCCGGCAAAUAUAAAGUGACGGCUAAAAAUGAAUUGGGCGAAAGUAACGCAACAAUUAGUUUAAAUUUCGACAGUGACGAAGCACCGGUCCCGGAGGACGGCAUUAAGCCUACCUUCACUGAAAGGCCAAUCAUCAGACAGUCUGAUGAUGGUACAAAAAUUACGUUCGAAUGCCGAUGCGCAGGCGACCCAAAACCGACAAUAACAUGGUAUCAUGGAAAAACUUUAAUUCAAGAAGGCGGACGUUACAAAACAUCAUUAACACUCGAUCAAAAACUCUAUCAUAUGGCAAGGUUAGAAAUUUCUAACGUUGAAAACGCUGAUGGAGGAGAAUAUAAAGCGAUUGCAAAAAAUGUACACGGAGAAGGUGUUGCAACAAUUAAUUUGAAUUUUGAAGGAGGAGAAAAACCCAAAAUACCAGAUGGAAAACCUCCACGCUUUCCAAAAAAGCCUACCAUUCGACAAGAUGGAGAAACUUUAAUUAUGGAAUGCGUUCUAGAAGCUAAACCUUUACCCGAUAUAACAUGGUUCCAAGGCACAAAAAAAAUUUCCGACUCAAACAGAGUUCGAAUGUCGAGAAAAGCUACAGGCAAAGACACUUAUUUACUUACUUUAGAAAUAAUCAGUCCUACGAAAGAAGAUGGCGGCAAUUACAGAUGCAAUGCUUUUAAUUGCUUCGGAGAGAGUAAUGCAAAUAUCUCAUUAAAUUUCCAAGGUGGUGACGAUGAAGGCUUUGCUCCUACCUUCGUUGACAAACCCAAAAUCAUUCCAAGUGACACUGGAUCUUUAAUAACAAUGAAAUGUAAGUGCAAAGCUAAACCAGCUCCGGUGGUAACAUGGUACCGAGAAACUGCUGUUGUUAAAGAAUCAUCCAAAAUCAAAAUGAAAACAAUUGAAUUAGGAGAAGAUGUUUAUGAACUUAUACUUGAAAUUCAGGAUCCCACAAAUUCAGAUGGAGGAACUUAUAAGUGUAAUGCCAAAAAUGAUUAUGGAGAAAGCAAUGCAAACCUUAAUUUGAACAUAGAAGCGGAUCAAGAACCAGAAGGAAGAGAACCAAUUUUCGUUCAAAAACCGCGAAUAGUAUCAGAACAGAAUGGUAAAUUAGUGGUAAUGGACUGUAGCGUAAGAGCCGAUCCAGCUCCCACAAUUGUAUGGUAUCACGGACAGAAAAUAGUUGAAAAAUCUUCCAAGGUCACAAUAAGUAUUGAAAAGAAAGAAGAAAUAUAUUACAUACGUUUGGAAUUGAAAGAUCCAAACAAAACCGAUUCGGGUCUUUACAAAUGCAAUAUUAAAAAUCAAUAUGGAGAACUCAAUGCGAAUCUCACACUCAACGUUGAAAUUGUACCGGUAAUUAAAGAAAAACCAAAAAUAACAAAAGUGGUUAAAAAGCGAACUGUUAUCAUUGAAUGCAGAGUUCAAUCAUCUUUUACACCUCAAUGUACCUGGUUUAAAGAAACAAAAGCUAUUAAAGAAGAUUCUAAUCACACUGUUCAAAUAGAACAAACAAAAGAGGGUGAAUUUAACGUGAAAUUACAAAUAGAACAAGCUUCUGAAAAAGAUAAGGGAGUUUAUAAACUUGUUGCUAAAAAUGAUAAGGGAGAAGCAACAUCACAAACUGUUGAACUUAUCGAAAUACCAGAAGAUAAAGAAGAAAAAGUUCAAAAAGUUCAAAUUUCAGAAACUUUGCGCGCCAUGGAAGUUGAAGAAGGAAAAUCAGCUGUUUUCUCCAGUUCACUUAAAACUACUGACAAAACCGUCAAAGUUAUCUGGUACAGAAAUAAUGUAAUAAUAAGAGAAUCAAGUGACUGUAAAAUUUCUUUUGAUGGAAAAACUGCCACCUUGGAAAUUGUGUCAACUAAAUUAGAUCAUACGGGUACUUAUAAAGUCAAAUUUUCUAAUGCAGUCAGCGAAGAAUCUUCUUCGGCUUCCCUAAAAGUCACAGAAAAAAAGAAGAAGAAAGUAGUAGAAGAAGAAGAAGAAGAAAAGAAAAAGAAAGAAGAGAAAAAAGUUACAAAAGAUCUCGAAGAAAAGACUAAAACUAAAAAAGUGGUAGAAGAAAAGACAGAAAUCGAAGAAAUAAUCGAAGAAAAGGAACCCGUAGGAAAGAAGAAAGAACCUGUAGAUGAUAAAAAACCGGAAAAAGUACUUAAAAAGAAAGAGGAAGUAGAAGAUAAGAAAAAGGAGGUUGUCGAAGAGAAGGAGGUUGAGAAAAAAGAAGAAAAAGUUUUGACUGAAAAAACUGUGAAAAAAAGAGAAAGCGUAAGAAAUCGUCUGUCGUUGAAGAAGUUGAAAAAAGCAUCACAAGAAAAACAAGCAUCAAAGAUGAACAACCGAAAAAACUUAUUAAAAAACCUGAAGAUAAAAAGGUACGUAAAAAAAAUUUUAGAAUCCGAUGAUCUCGUGAAAAAAAUGGAGGAAGAUGAGGAAAAACCAAAACAAUUUCCGGAUGAAACCCUCACUGAAAAAUUAUCAUACAAAAGAAAUUCAAUAUCUAUAACAAAAACAGAAAUUGAAAACACAAAAGUAUUAACUAAAGAGUCAGAAAAACCGUUAGAUGAAAAAGUACAAAGUGACGAAAACGAUACCGAUCAGUCUUCAUCAUCAGAUAAAUUAAUAAUAAAAAAACCGAUUUCGAAAAAAUCUGAUGAAAAAGUGAUUGAAAAAACGACAAUCAACAACAAAACGAAUUACAAAUCAAAAGAAAUUAACGAUAAUAAAACAAAAGAUGAAAGUAAACCAGAAAAAACAACAAUUGAAACAAAAACAAGUCAGAUAAAGAAAAUUUCUGGAAAAGAUAAUGAAGAAAUUGAACCUUUUGAAAUUAAACACAUCACACCAAACAAUGAUAAAAUUUUGAAUCAGGCUAAAGAAAAGAGCACACAAGAUGAAAAAGUUGAUAAUAACGAAUUAAAUAACACAAAAUCAUCAUUAGAUAAAUCUUUGGAUGAAAAAUCUUAUUAUGAUAUGAAAAAUUUAACCCCUAAUCCUAAGAAGGCAGAACCAGAGCCGGAACAGAAAAAACCAGAAGAAAAACCAUCGGUUAAAAAAGUUGCAGAAAAGAAAGAACCUGAAAAACCGGAAGAAAAACCAUCGGUUAAAAAAGUUGCAGAAAAGAAAGAACCUGAAAAACCUGAAGAAAAACCAUUGGAUAAAAAAGUUGCAGAAAAGAAAGAACCUGAAAAACCAUUGACGAAAAAAGUUACGGAAAAGAAAGAACCGGAAACGGCUAAAGUCGAAGAGCGGCCAGUUCUUAAAAAGGUUCCUGCUAAAGAAAAAGAAGAACCGGAAAAGGUUAAAGUUCCUGAAAUUAAAGCUCCAGGAGGAGCGCCUAAAAUUGAAGUCAUUAGAGAGAGGAGUCCCGGUGCAGAAGCUAGAAAGAGUUCUUUGGCUCCAGCUUCUGGUAACACGAGUAGAAGAGGUUCACUCAUACCUCCGGAAGAACAACCGAGACGUGCUAGUCUUAUCAUUUCAGAUGAGGACUCUCGUAAAUUACGGCCCGGUGAAGUCUUGGAUGAUAAAAAGCGAAGACGUCCGUCUGAUGCACGUCGUCCAAGUGUUGCAGACAUAGAAGAACUUAUUAAUAAAUCAUCGACUCCUUUGAAACCCAUUGGAAAUCCUGGACCUCCUGCAAUUGUUGACUUUCAAGAAAGCUACAGCGCUAUCGAGGAUCAAACUGCUUAUAUUACAAUAUCCGUCGAGGGUAAUCCGGCUCCGACAUUUAGAUUUUACAAAGGAAUGACGGAAAUUAUCGAUGGUGGUAGAUAUAAAAUGGUUACCGAUGGAGACACGAAUUCAAUCACUUUAUGCAUAAGAAAAAUAAAACCCAACGACGAAGGAAAAUAUAGAGUUGUCGUGAGUAACGUUCACGGUGAAGAUUCCGCCGAAAUGAUGCUUUACGUAUCAGAUGCAAGCGGUAUGGACUUUAGAGCUAUGCUUAAGAAAAGAAAAUAUGCAAAAUGGGGAAGAGAUAAAGAAGAUCCAGAUUGGGGAGAAUUAAAAGAAGUAGAAAAACCAACGCCACAACUCAAAAAGGUUGAAAAGAAAGCGGAUUCAUUCUUAAAACCAUUGGUUGAUCAAAUUGCAAAAGAAGGUAAAGAUAAAAAAGUCGUUUUUGAAGCCAUCUUUUCAAGACCGAAUUGUAAACCAAAAUGGUUCUUCAGAAAAGAUGAAUUGUUUCCUGGUUCAAAGUAUAAAAUGAAAGUUGAAAAUGAUGUUUAUAACCUUAUAAUUUCUAAUCCUAAAGUUGAAGACUCUGGUAAAUAUACCAUUGAAAUCGCUGGCAUUUCGUGUACGGCUUUUCUCAACGUUGAUGAACCUCCUCCGUCAUAUACUUUUACAAAACCAUUAAAAAAGAAAUACGAUGGUUAUUUUGGACAUGAAUUAUUAUUAGAAUGUACAGUAUCUAACAGUAUGGCCGUAGUUCAUUGGUAUCGAGGAAGUGAAAAACUUAAGGAUGGUGGAGAUUAUGAAAUUUCCAAAGAAAUGUCUGGACUCUGCCGUUUAACAAUUAAAUCAUGCAAAGAGACAGAUAUUUCAGAUUUCACAUGUAAAUUAGACAAACAAGAAGAUAAAACUUCUACAAAAGUUAGUUUGACUGAAUAUCCUUACAAAUUUGUUAAAGUCCUUAAAAGUCAACAGCUUAUUGAAAAAGAUAAUGUCACUCUCCUGUGCGAACUUAACGAUGCUUCCGGAGAAGUCAAAUGGUAUAAAGGAGAAGAAGAAAUUGUACCCGAUAAAAGAAUGGUCAUUAGUGCCGACGGAAGAAAAAGAAAACUCGUUAUUAAAGACUGCAAAAUCACAGAUGCUGGAAUGUACAAAUGCGUUUCUAAUGCCGAUAAAACAGAAGCCGAACUUGUUAUUAAUUAUCUUAAUAAGUUCAAUAAAAAAUUAAAAGAUUCCGUCGGCAUCGAAGAUGAAAAACUUGUAUUAGAAAUUGAACUUCAAGAUAAAACAGCUGAAGCUGAAUGGUUCUUAAAUGGUAAACCUAUAACUCCAAGUGACAGGGUAGAAAUUAAAAACUUGGGAGGUGGAAAACACCAAUUAGUUUUCAAUAAACUUGAUAUGAAUGAUGCUGGUGAAAUUACUUGCAAGUCAGGUAAUUUAGAAUCUAGCUGUCAACUCAAUGUGAAGAAAGCAGAAUCAAAACCAAUUAUUACUGCACCCGAUAAAAUUAAUGAACCUGCAACAAAACCUAUUGUCUUCGAAAUACCUUAUAAAAUUGACGGUACGCGAACUUCUCCAGUUGAAGCUAAAAUCUUUAAAGAUGGUAAAGCUUUGUUAUCGAAAGAUGUUGAAGUUGUUGUGGCGGAAGACAGAGUCACGUUUAAAUUUAAAAAACCAUCAAGAGCACAGUCUGGUGAUUACGAAUUCAAAUUUAGCAAUGCCAAAGGAGAAAUCAGUCAAAUCAUUCCUAUCAAUAUGCAAGAUGUACCUUCUGCUCCAACUGAUGUUGAAGUUACAGAUGUUUAUCAAAGUAGUUGUGUCAUAAAUUGGAAAAAAGGUCCAGAUGAUGGUGGUUCACCAAUUCAACAUUAUGUAAUAGAAAGAAUGGAUAUGUCCGUGAAAGGCGGUUGGAUAAAUGUUGGAGAAGUUAAAGGUGACACAUCACCUCUUACUUAUAAAUGCGAAGAUUUAGUUCACAAAAAAGAAUAUAAAUUUAGAGUUCGAGCCGUUAAUAAAAUUGGACCUUCGGAACCAGCGGCAUUCCCUAAAGUCGUUUUGGCUAAAGAUCCUUGGGAUGAGCCUUCGAAACCUAAAGAUGUUGAAGUUGUCGAUUGGGAUAAAGAUCACGCUGAUCUUAAAUGGGUAAAACCGGACAAAGACGGCGGAGCACCAAUAACUGGUUACGUCAUAGAAUAUAAGGAAAAAUUCGGUAAAGAUUGGAUUAAAGGAAAAGAAAUUGUUGGUGAUGUUACGGAAGCUACUAUUGACGGAUUAAAAGAAGGAACACAAUACGAAUUUCGUAUUCGAGCUAUCAAUAAAGCUGGUCCUGGAGAACCUAGCGAUGCAACUAAACCCAUUAUAGCAAAAUGUAGAUUUGUUAAACCUUACAUAAUUGGAAAUGAUUUAGUCAACAUUAUAAUCAAAAAAGGUCAGAUAAUAAAAUAUGAUAUAAAAUACGGAGGAGAACCUGAACCAGAAGUUUUGUGGGAAUUAGAUGGAAAAGAAGUUAAAGAUGAUGGAGAUAGAAUUACAAUUGACAAAUAUGAAAAAAAUACUGUUUUAACCAUUCGUAGGUCAGUUAGAUCUGACAGUGGAAAUUACAAGCUUAUUUUAACAAAUUCAUCUGGAAAAUGUGAAAAAGUUGCUGAGGUUGUGGUUUUGGGAAAACCAAGUGCACCAACUGGACCCUUGGUUGCGGAAGAAGUUCGAGCAAAUCACAUGACAGUGUCUUGGAAAAAACCAGAAGAUACUGGUGGUAGUGACAUUACUGGAUAUGUUUUGGAAAAAAUGGAUCUUGACACUGGAAGAUGGGUGCCAGCCGGUGAGGUCGGACCAAACGAUACUUCCUUUAAGAUUGAAGGAUUAACCCCCAAGAAGAAAUAUAAAGUUCGAGUUAAAGCUGUUAAUAAAGAGGGAGAAUCAGAACCAUUGGAAACAAGCGAGCCUAUCGAAGCCAAAAAUCCUUACGAUGCACCCAACAAACCGGGUAAACCCGAAAUUGCUGACUACGACAACCAAAGUGUUACUCUCAAAUGGGCCAAACCCACAAGUGAUGGUGGAAGACCCAUUUUGCAUUACAUAAUAGAAAAGAAAGAUAAAUUUUCACCGGAUUGGUCUGAAUGCGGUAAAACCGAGGGAGCCGAUACAACUUUCAAGGUUAAUGACCUAAAAGAAAAAAGUGUCUAUCAAUUUAGAGUUAGAGCCGUUAACAAAGCUGGUCCAGGUGAAGCUAGUGAACCUACUGACAAUCAUUUAUGCAAACACAAAAACUUGAAACCCUCUAUUGAUCGAACCGGCAUGAAGAACAUUAUUAUUAAAGCUGGAAGAACACAUAAAUGGUCUGUGGAUGUCACUGGUGAACCACCACCAGAGUUAAUAUGGACCUGGAAAGAUAAUAUUGCUUUAAAAACUACCGAAAGAAUAAAAAUUGAAAACGUUGAUUAUCACACUGAAUUUACAAUUGUCAACGCAACAAGGCGAGACACGGGAAAAUAUAAAUUAACGGCUCAAAACGCUUCUGGAAAAGAUGAGGAGUACGUUGAAUUAACGGUAUUAGCCAAACCUGCCAGUCCUCAAGGACCUUUGGAGGUAAAAGAUGUUACAAAAGAAUCGUGCCGUUUGGAAUGGAAGAAACCUGAAGACGAUGGUGGGUCACCAAUAAAGGAAUACGAAAUAGAAAAGAAAGAUUUAGCAACAAAUAAAUGGGUUAGAGUUGCAAGAGUCCCUGGUGAUAGGGAGGAUGCUUUUAUUUCCGGAUUAGAACCUAAUCAUCAAUAUAAAUUUAGAGUCACUGCAGUUAAUGACGAAGGUGAUUCUGAACCUUUAGAGACAGAAGUUGCAAUCACAGCCAAAAACCCGUACGACGAACCAACUAAACCUGGAACUCCUGAAAUUGUUGAUUACGAUAAUGAAAGUGUUCAACUCAAAUGGAAAAAACCCGAUAGUGAUGGAGGAGCUCCGAUUGAAAAAUAUAUUAUUGAAAAGAAAGAUAAAUUUAAACCAGAUUGGGAAAAAGCCGUUGAAGUUCCUGGAGAUACUUUGGAAGCCAAAGUUGGGGACUUAAAAGAAAGAGGAGAAUAUCAAUUUAGGGUUGUGGCGGUUAAUAAAGCGGGUCCAUCACCAGCUUCUGAUCCUACCAAAAUGCAUACUGCCAGGCACCGCGCACUGAAACCCCGCAUAGAUCGCACAAAUUUGAAAAAUGUUGUAGUGAAAGCUGGAAAACCUGUAAAAUUAGAUGUUGACGUAAGAGGUGAACCUCCUCCAACCAUUAAAUGGAUUUUCAUGGAAAAAGAAAUACAGUCUACUGGCAAUGUAGAAAUUAUCAAUGUCGAUUACAACACAAAAUUUUCUAUAGUAGAUUCUAUUCGAAAACAAUCUGGAUUAUACAAAAUAGUUGCCGAAAAUCAACAUGGUAAAGAUGAAGCAACAGUAGAUAUUACAAUUUUAGCAGCUCCAUCUAAACCUAAAGGUCCUCUAAAAGUAUCCGAUGUCACCAAAAACGGUGCCAAACUUAAAUGGGACAAACCAGAAGAUGACGGUGGAAAACCCAUCACUGGCUAUGUAGUAGAAAAGUUAGACAAAAAUACAGGUCGAUGGAUGCCUGUUGGAAAAACAUCUCCCGAUGAUUUAGAAUUCGAUGUCAAAGGUUUGGCUGAAGGUCAUGAAUAUAAUUUCCGAGUAAAGGCUGUAAAUGAUGAAGGUGAAUCAGAGCCAUUAGAAACAGAAAAAUCUACAAUAGCUAAAAACCCAUACGACAUUCCUGGUAAGCCAACGAACUUGGAAAUUGUUGAUUGGGAUGAACACAAAGUUGAUCUUAAGUGGGCUGCUCCUAAAAAUGAUGGAGGAGCUCCUAUCACAGGAUAUGUAAUUGAAAAGAAAGAAAAACUUCAUAGCUCAUGGGAAGAAGUUUUAACUACAAACACACCUGAUUGUAAAGCCACGGUGCCUGAUCUCAAAGAAGGAAAUACUUACCAGUUUAGAGUAAGAGCAGUUAAUAAAGCGGGACCUAGUGACCCUAGUGAUUCAACUAAACCUCACUUAGCAAAAGCUAGAUAUGCUAAACCAGUCAUUAAUAGAGAAAAAUUGCAAAAAGUUACGGUACGAGCUGGUCAGACUAUUAGAUUAGAUGUUGAUGUAAAAGGAGAACCUGCGCCAAAAACAGCAUGGUUCUUUAAAGGAAAAGAAUUAAAAACAGGACCCAACACAAAGGUUGAACAUGAGCCGUACAAUACCAAAUUGCAAGUAUCAGAUUCAUCUCGACAACAUAGUGGUACUUAUGUACUCAAAGCGGAAAAUUCAUCCGGAAAAGAUGAGGCGGAAGUUGAAAUAUGUGUAUUGGAUAAACCCGGUAAACCUGAAGGUCCUCUUGAAGCAGUUGAUGUUCAUAAAGAGGGAUGCAAAUUAAAAUGGCAGAAGCCAAAAGACGACGGUGGACUUCCUAUUACUGGAUAUGUUGUAGAAAAAAUGGAUGCACAAACUGGAAGAUGGGUACCUGCGGGUUACGCUGACGGGGAUAAAACUGAGUUAAACAUAACCGGAUUAGAACCGAAUCACAAAUACAACUUUAGAGUUAAAGCUGUUAAUGAAGAAGGAGAAUCAGAGCCUUUGGAGACAGACACUUCAAUCGUGGCUAAAAAUCCAUACGAUGCACCUUCUGCCCCAGGAAUGCCCGAUAUUGUCGAUUGGAACGAAAAUAUGGUAAAACUGAAAUGGGAACCACCAAUACGAGAUGGUGGCGCUCCUAUUACUGGUUACAUUGUCGAAAUGAAAGAUAAAUUUGGAGUAACAUUUGAAAAAGCAGUAGAGGUAGAUGGGAAUGUUUGUACCGCAACAGUUCCAAAACUUGAAGAAGGAAAUCAGUAUCAAUUUAGGGUUAGAGCUGUAAACAAAGCUGGACCAGGUGACGCUAGCGAAGCAACCAACCCACAUACUGCCAAACCCAGAUUUUUGAAACCCCACAUCGAUCGUACUAAUUUGCAAGGUAUAACUAUAAAAGCCAAUCUUUCAAUUCCAUUGGAUGUCAAUAUUAGUGGAGAACCUCCACCAACUGUCACAUGGAAAUUUAAUGAUAAAGAGUUAGUUUCCAAUGAUGAAAUUAAAAUCGAUAAUAUCGAUUACAAUACUAAAUUCUUUAUAAUGAAGGCAAAGAGAAUACACAGUGGUAAAUACACCAUUCACGCGAAAAAUAGUGUCGGUGAAGAUACUGCCGAAUUUGAUAUUACUGUAUUAGGCAAACCUGGCAAGCCAAAAGGUCCGCUGGAAGCUUCAGACAUUACAAAGCAUGGUUGCAAAUUGAAAUGGGAAAAGCCAGAGGAUGACGGAGGCACGCCUAUUGAAUACUACGAAAUAGAAAAAUUAGAUCCUUUAACUGGUCACUGGAUUCCUUGCGGUAAAUCAUCCGAACCUGAAUUUAAUGUAACUGGGUUGCAAGAAGGUAAACCGUACAAAUUCCGAGUAAAAGCAGUUAACAAAGAGGGUGAAUCAGAAGAAUUAGAGCAACUUAAACCUUUUAUUGCUAAAAAUCCGUUUGACCCACCAGGAAAACCGAAUCGUCCUGAUUUGACUAAUUGGGAUAAAGAUUUUGUAGAUGUAGAAUGGAAAGCUCCUAAAGAUGACGGUGGUGCUCCCAUUGAAAAAUAUAUUAUUCAAAAGCGAGACAAAAAAUCUCGUAAUUGGGAAGAUUGCAUGACAGUUCCAGGAGAAAAAACUUUUGCUAAAGUAACAGAUGUUGAAGAAGGUCAUGAAUACGAUUUCCGUAUUAUUGCAGUGAACAAAGCUGGACCGAGUGAACCAAGUGAUCCUUCGAAAACUGUUGUUGCUAAACCUCGAUUUUUGGCUCCUUACAUUGAUAGGAAAAACUUACAGAAAAAAACCCUUCGUUCCGGUCAAUUACUUAAAGUUGAAGCCGAUAUUAAGGGUGAACCUCCUCCAGUUGUUACAUGGAAGCUUAAAGAUCAAACAUUAAAAACCAAAGAUCGUAUUAGAAUUGACAAUGAAGAUUAUAAAACUAACUUUUCUAUUUCAAAAGUUAGGAGAGCCGAUGCUGGUGUGUACACAGUAAUUGCAAAGAACGAUUCUGGAGUUGAUGAGGUUGAUCUUGAACUAGAAGUUUUGUCUAAACCAAGCAAACCAAAAGGUCCGUUAGAAGUAUCUGACGUUACUGCGAAUGGUUGCAAACUUAAAUGGGACAAACCAGAAGACGAUGGAGGUGUGCCUAUUGACCAUUACGUCAUUGAAAGAAUGGAUGUCGAUACGGGUCGAUGGGUACCUUGUGCAGAAACUAAAAAACCUGAGGCUGAAAUAGGAGGUCUUAAUGAAGGAAAAGAUUAUUUGUUUAGAGUUAAAGCUGUAAAUGCCGAGGGAGAUUCAGAACCACUUGAGACUGAAACCUCGGUCACAGCUAAAAAUCCUUAUAAUGAACCUGAUGCACCUGGUAAACCAGAAAUUAAAGAUUGGGGUAAAUCAUUUGCUGAAUUAAAAUGGUCACCGCCGGAAAAUGAUGGAGGUGCACCUAUAACUUCGUACAUUAUAGAAAAAAAAGAUCAAUUCAGUUCAAAGUGGCAAAAAGGUGUAGAAAUUAUUGGAAACAAAACUACAGCAAAAGUGCCAGAUCUUGUUGAAGGAAUGCAAUAUCAGUUCCGAAUAAAAGCAGUAAAUGAUGGUGGAGUGAGUAAACCGUCUGCUCCUAGUGAUACUAUGACGGCAAAAGACCGUUAUGCAGCUCCGGUUAUUGACAGGUCAACAUUGAAAAAUAUCAAAAUUAAAGCUGGUCAGCAAAUUAAAUUUGAUGUAAAAAUAAGUGGAGAACCUCCACCAUCCAAAUCUUGGUUUUUGAACAAAGCUCCCUUAAACUCUAAAAAUGAGGUCUCUAUUGAAAAUGAAGAUUAUAAAACUAAACUCGUUAUCUUUCCGGCGAGCAGAAGUCAUCACGGUGUAUUUUUAAUAAAAGCUGAAAAUAGUUCAGGUAAAGAUGAAGUUUCCGUAGAAGUUACAGUUAUAGACAAACCAUCUAAACCAGAGGGUCCGCUAAAAAUUAGCGAUGUUCACAAAGAGGGUUGUAAUCUGAAAUGGAAUCCUCCCGCUGACGAUGGAGGAGUUCCAGUGGAAUAUUACACUGUUGAAAAAAUGGACAAAGAAACAGGCAGAUGGGUUCCUGUCGGCCGAACGAAAGAACCGAAAAUGGAAGUAUCUAAUUUAAUGCCUGGACAAGAUUAUAAAUUUAGAGUUUGCGCCGUUAAUGCCGAAGGCGAAUCUGAACCAUUAGAGGCUGAAGAUUACGUUACAGCCAAAAAUCCAUUUGAUGAACCGGGUGCACCAACUACUCCUGAAAUAACCGAUUGGGACAAAGAUUUUGUCGAUCUUAAAUGGCAACCUCCAGUCAAUGAUGGAGGCUCUCCUAUCACGGGCUAUGUAAUUGAGAAAAAAGAAGUUGGAUCACCCAAAUGGACUAAAGCCGCUGAGGUUAAGGAACCUGACACUAAAGUAAGAGUAGAAGAUUUAGAAGAAGGCGUACCUUAUCAAUUUAGAGUACGAGCCGUAAAUGCCGCUGGUCCGGGUGAACCCAGUGGAGAAAGUAAACAUGUUACAUGCAAACCUCGAAGAUUGCCUCCUAAAAUCGAUCGCAGACAUUUGCGAAAUAUUACUAUACAUGAAGGAGAACCUAUAUUUUUUGAUGUUAAAAUUACCGGUGAACCCGCUCCUGAUGUUAUGUGGACCCUGAAUGGUAAAACUAUUUCAGAAACGGGACACGUAAGAAUCGAAAAUGUGCCAAAUAACAGUAAAUUUUUCAAUGAUAGAACUGAAAGAAAAGAUACUGGAGUUUAUAAAAUUACCGCUACAAACAAAUAUGGUUCUGAUACAGCUGAAGUUGAGGUAACAGUUACUUCAAAACCAGGAAAACCUGAAGGCCCAUUAGAAGUUAGUGACAUAACCAAAGAUAAAUGCCAGUUAAAAUGGAAGAAACCCAAAGAUGAUGGUGGAGCUCCAAUUGAAGGAUAUGUAGUCGAAAAAUUCGAUACGGAUAGUGGUAUGUGGCUACCUGUGGGAAAAUGUAAAGAACCGGAAAUGGAAGUUACUGGUUUGACACCUGGACACGAAUACAAGUUUAGAGUAAAAGCUUGUAAUAAAGAAGGAGACUCUGAACCAUUAGAGACUUUGGGAUCUAUUAUUGCUAAAGAUCCUUUCAGUGUUCCAAGUCAGCCCGGAGCUCCAGAACCAGUAGAUUGGAAUGCUAAUCAAGUGGAAUUAAAAUGGAAUGAACCCAUUUCUGAUGGAGGUUCCCCAAUAACCGGUUACCUUAUUGAAAAGAAAGACAAAUAUAGUACAAUGUGGGAAAAAGCUUUGGAAACCAGCACACCCACACCUCAAGCUGUUGUUCACGGGUUAAUUGAAGGAAACGAAUACCAAUUCCGUGUAACAGCUCUUAAUAAAGCGGGUCAAAGUGAACCUUCUGAAGCUAGCAAAAAUUUCGUAGCCAAACCAAGAUUUUUGGCUCCUAAGAUUGAUCGCAGAAACUUGAAGGACGUUACUUUAACAAGUCAUUCAAUGUUAAAAUACGAUGUUAACGUUAGUGGAGAACCUCCACCAACAAUAGAAUGGCGUUUCGCUGGAUCCACCUUGAAAAAUAGUAGAACUGUUACUAUUGAUAACGUGGAUUAUAACACCAAACUAGUUAUAAAACCAGUAAAGAGAGAAGAUUCUGGAGAAUACACAAUUAUAGCUACUAAUUCUUCCGGAAAAGAUCAAGUUACAGUCAAUGUGAUUGUAACCGAUAAACCUUCACCGCCGGAAGGUCCUUUGCAGGUUUCCGACGUUCAUAAGGAAGGCUGCAAAUUAAAAUGGAAGAGGCCUAAAGAUGAUGGUGGUGUUCCGAUUGAUUACUAUCAAGUUGAAAAAUUAGAUCCUGAAACAGGAAUAUGGGUUCCGUGUGGAAGAUCCACAGAACCAAACUUGGAAGUUACAAAUCUUACACCAGGCAAAGAAUACAAAUUCCGUGUAGCCGCCGUCAAUUCUGAAGGUGAAUCUGAACCUUUGGUAGCUGACCAAACAAUUGUAGCCAAAAAUCCAUACGACGAACCAGGAAAACCCAAAAAUUUGGAAGCAACUGAUUGGGAUGCUGAUCAUGUUGAUCUUAAAUGGACUCCCCCUGAUUCAGACGGCGGAUCUCCGAUUACAGGUUAUAUAGUAGAGAAAAAGGAUAAAUACGGACAAUGGGAAAAAGCGUUAGAAGUUCCUGCUGAUGCUACCUCAGCAACGGUACCAGAUUUAAUGGAAGGCCAAACUUAUGAGUUCAGAGUUAAAGCUGUUAAUAAAGCUGGUCCCGGUGAACCAAGUGAAGCUACUGUUCCGAUAGUGGCCAAAGCUCGAAAUCAAGCUCCUAGAAUUGAUCGAACUAACUUGAUUCCCAUUAAAAUUAAAGCUGGUCAAAACUUUUCGUUUGAUGUCAAGGUUACAGGAGAACCGAUGCCCAAAACUAAAUGGACCUUUCAAAAUAGAGAAGUUAAAACUUCUGAAAACACUAAAGUUACUCAUGGAGAAUAUUGCACUAAAAUUAUUGUUCGUAUGGCUACCCGUGCACAAUCUGGUACAUACACAAUAUCAGCUGAAAAUAUAAAUGGCAGUGAUACGGCUAAAGUAGAAGUAACAGUUAUAGAUAAACCACAGGCACCUGAAGGGCCCCUUAAAAUUUCCGAUGUUAAUUCAGAGGGCGCUAAACUUAGCUGGAAACCUCCAGCAGAUGACGGAGGACAACCCGUUGAAAAAUAUGUUGUUGAAAAACAAGACGAAGCUACUGGUAGAUGGGUUCCUGCCGGUGAAACAAUAGGACCUGAAACCAAUCUUGAAGUUAAAGGCCUCACACCGAAUCAUAAAUAUAAAUUCAGAGUACGUGCUGUUAACAAACAAGGAAAAUCUGAACCUCUUAAUGCUGAUAAAGCUAUUGAAGCCAAAAAUCCUUUUGAUGAACCUGAUAAACCUGGACAGCCGGAAAUUAAAGAUUAUGAUAAAGACUUUGUAGAAUUGGAAUGGGCUAAGCCAGAAAGCGAUGGUGGCACCCCAAUAACUGGAUACAUAAUAGAAAAGAAAAGUAAAUCCAGUCCUACCUGGGAAAAAUGCGCCGAGGUUAAGGGAGACGUUAAUAACGCAAAAGUGGAUGAUCUUGUAGAAGGGGUGCCUUAUGAAUUUAGAGUUAUUGCUGUUAAUAAAGGUGGACAAUCCGAGCCUAGUCUUCCUUCUGCCACACACGUGGCUAGAGCUAAAAACCAGGCACCGUCUAUUGAUCGUAAAGCAAUGAUUGAUAUAAAGGUGAAAGCUGGACUAAACUUUGAACUUGAUGUACCUGUAUCUGGAGAACCACCUCCAAGCAAAGAAUGGAUUUUCAAAGAUAACAUGCUAAUGAAUACCGACCGCGUCAGAAUAACUAAUGAAGAUUAUAACACAAAACUUAAAGUAACAAAUGCAAAGAGAGCUGACAGUGGCGUUUACACUUUGAAUGCUAAAAAUAUCAAUGGCAAAGAUUCAGCAACUGUCAAUGUCACCGUUUUAGAUGCACCCUCAAGCCCAGAAGGACCACUUAAACCAGAAAAUGUUACAAAGAAUUCAGUUACAUUAUCUUGGAAGCCUCCAAAAGAUAAUGGAGGUGCUGAAAUUAGUCAUUAUGUUGUAGAAAAAAUGGAUACAGAAAACAUGCGUUGGGUACCAGUUGGAGAACCCUCAACAACAUCCGCAAAGGUUGAUUAUUUGAUUGAAGGUCACGAUUACAAAUUCCGAGUAAAAGCGGUUAACAAAUACGGAGAAUCUCAACCGCUUGUUAGUUCUGAACCAAUUACCGCAAAAGAUCCAUUUGCUAAGCCUGAUAAACCAGGUACUCCACAGGUAGUAGAUUGGGACAAGGAUCACGUAGAUUUGGAAUGGACACCUCCCAAAAAAGAUGGAGGUUCGCCUGUUAAAUCUUAUGUUAUCGAAAAAAGAAAUAAAUAUGGUCCGUGGGAAAAAUGUGGUGAAGUGCCAGGAAAUCAAACUAAAGCAACUGUUCCUGAUCUCGUUGAGGGUGAGGAAUACGAAUUCCGCGUUGUAGCUGUAAACAAAGGUGGGGCAGGAGAGCCUAGCGACCCAUCUCAAGCUGUUGUUGCCAAAGCUAGAUAUCAAGCUCCAGUCAUUGAUACUAAAUUUAUGCAAGAUUUAGUUGUAAAAGUUGGACAAAAAAUUAGUUACUCUAUUCCAAUCGAAGCGUCUCCUAAACCCAAAGCUGUUUGGAGUGUCGAUGGCAAAACUGUACAACCAAGUUCAAGAGUUGACAUGAUGGUGACCAAUACAAGCGUGAAUUUUGAAAUUACACAUUCACUCAGAACCGAUUCUGGAAGAUACACAUUAACACUUUCUAAUGAUUUAGGCACAACUUCUUGUUCAGCUAAUGUUACAGUUUUGGACCGACCUUCACCUCCCCAAGGUCCUUUAGUUGUCGGAGAGGUUACCAAACAAAGUUGUCACUUAAGUUGGAAAGCACCCAAAGAUGAUGGUGGAAGCCCUAUUCUUCAUUAUAUUAUUGAAAAAAUGGAUGUUACACGUGGUACAUGGUCCGAUGCUGGUAUGUCUACCACGCUAAGUCACGAAGUUGUAAGAUUAAUUCACAAAAAAGAAUAUCUAUUUAGAGUAAAGGCUGUCAAUACUAUUGGUGAAUCUGACCCAUUAGAAUUACCAAAUGGUGUUGUAAUUAAAAAUAAAUUCGAUGAGCCUAGUGCUCCUGGCAAACCACAAGUUGUGGAUUGGGACGAAAAUCAUGUCGAUUUAGAAUGGGCCAAGCCUCAAUCAGAUGGUGGUAAACCCAUUUCUGAAUACAUUGUUCAGAAAAAAGAGAAAGGCAGUCCUUAUUGGAGUAAUGCUUGCCACGUUCCCGCAAACAAGACCAAAUGCUCUGUUCCAGAUCUUAUUGAAGGUCAAGAUUACGAAUUUAGAAUAAUAGCUGUAAAUGAUGCCGGGCAAAGUGAACCGAGCGAACCAUCUGAUGUUGUGACAACAAAACCUAGACAUUUACCACCGAAGAUAAAAUCUCCGAUGAAUGAGAUUAGAGUGAAAGCGGGUGGUAUAAUUCGUACUGAUAUUAACUUUAUUGGAGAGCCUAUUCCUGAGGUUACUUGGUUGGUAGGAACCUCUCCAGUUGAAACAGAUUCUAGAGUAACUAUAACUUCUAUUGGCUACCAUACAAUAUUGCAUAUAGUAAAUGCCAGGCGCUCUGACUCUGGAGCAUAUAGAUUACAACUUAAAAACGAUUGGGGUACGGAUGAAGGUACUCUUUUAAUAACCGUUUUAGAUCGACCAGGACCUCCUGAAGAACCUUUGGAAUAUGAAGAAGUUACAGCUCAAAGCGUUACAUUAUCAUGGCAACCGCCUAAAGAUAAUGGAGGAAGCGAAAUAACGGCUUACGUAAUAGAGAAAAAAGAUUUAACUCACGGUGGAGGUUGGGUACCAGCUUUGCAAUACGUUAAUGCUAAGUAUAAUCAUGCUACCGUUCCACGAUUGAUGGAAGGCACUAAAUACGAAUUUAGAGUUAUGGCUGAAAACUUACAAGGCCGAUCAGAUCCUUUGAAAACAUCUAAACCUGUAGUCGCCAAAGCCCAAUUCGAUAUUCCUGGUAAACCAGGAAAACCUGAAUUAGUAGAUAGCGAUAAAGAUCACAUUACGAUUAAAUGGUCGCCUCCUAUUAGUAAUGGAGGUUCACCUAUCAUUGGAUAUGAAGUUGAACGUCGAGAAAAAAUGAGUGGAAGGUGGGUAAAACUUACCCCAGAGCCCAAACCUGGUACGGAAUUUACAGACGACAGAGUGCAAGAAGGUAGACAAUACGAAUAUAGAGUGGUAGCAGUUAAUGCUGCUGGUCAUGGAAAGCCAAGUGAAACUUCUAAUGUAUUUAUUGCAAAACCAAUGAAAGAAGUACCUAAACUUCAUUUAGAUGGAUUACUCGGCAGAAAGAUAAGAGUAAGAGCAGGGGAACCAAUUAAUAUUGUCAUUCCUCUAAGCGGAGCUCCAAAACCUAAAGUCGAAUGGAUGAAAGGAAAAUCACCCGUAACCGAAUCGUACAGAGUUUCAUUGAGUACAACAAGUGAUGAAACCAAAUUCCGAAUCGAAAAUUCAAAUAGAGAUGAUGCUGGAUUUUACACAGUAAAAGCAACUAAUGAAUUCGGUAAAGAUUCAGCUGACAUAGAAGUCAUUGUAGUUGAUCGUCCUGGAGCCCCAACAGGACCAUUAAACUACAAACUCAUUUCCCAAGAUACAAUUGGAUUGGAAUGGCAACCACCAAAAGACAACGGAGGUGCCGAUGUUACAGGUUAUGUCGUUGAAAUGACCGAAUUCGGUUCCGAGGCGUGGCGACCUGUUCCUGGUUUUUGUAACAAAUGUACCUUUACUGCUAAAAAUUUACCUGAAGGAAAACGAUUAGUUUUUCGUGUAAAAGCAGAAAACCUUUAUGGUUUAUCUGAACCACUAGUCGGAACUCCAGUGGUCGCAAAGAGUCCAUUUGAUCCACCUGAUUCACCGAGCCAACCGGAAAUUUUAGGUUACACGCCCAACACAUGCAAUAUAUCUUGGAAACCUCCUCUUAAUACCGGAGGAAAACCAAUCACUGGAUAUUACGUUGAGAAAAGAGAAAAAGGUGGUGAUUGGGUAAAAGUUAACAAUUAUCCCACAUCAAACACGACUUACACUGUCCCAGAUUUACACGAGGGAUCGAGAUAUGAAUUCAGAGUAAUUGCCGUAAAUGAAGCCGGUCCUGGUAAACCUAGCAAGCCAUCUGAAGCGAUUGUAGCCUCAGCCCAAAAGAGACGACCAGAUGCUCCAGACCCACCUAAACCGGAUAGAAUUACUAAAGACAGCGUAACUUUAUCUUGGAAUGUUCCGCGCAACGAUGGCGGUAGUAAAAUUAAAGGAUACAUUGUACAGAAAAAACCGGCUAAAGGAAAAGAUUGGGAAGAUGUUAAUACAUCUCCCGUUAAUGCUUUCGUUUACACUGUACCAAAGCUUAAGGAAGGAGAGGAAUAUAUGUUCCGUAUCAAAGCCGUUAAUGAUGUUGGAGAAUCAGAACCUAGUAGACCUACCAGCGCAAUAAAAGUUGAAGAACAGCCUAACAAGCCAUGCAUGGACUUAGGUGGCGUUAGGGACAUAACUGUAAGAGCGGGAGAAGAUUUCUCCAUUCACGUGCCUUACGUUGGUUUUCCCAAACCAUCAGCUUUUUGGUUUUUCAACGACAAUGAUAUCAAUGACAAAGACGAUAGAAUUCAUCAACAGUUGGCCGAUACGUAUGCUAGUUUCGUAGUGAAAAAUGCUAAGAGGUCAGAUACAGGUCAAUACAGAUUGCAACUUAAAAAUCCAUCUGGUUAUGACACAGCAACAGUAAACGUAAAAGUUUUGGACAAACCUAGUCCUCCUGAAAACUUACGCGCCGAAGAGUUUGCUGGUGAAGCUUUAACUUUAUUCUGGAAUCCACCUAAAGAUAAUGGAGGAGACGAUGUCACUAAUUAUAUCGUAGAAAAACGAGAAGUUGGAUCUCCUACCUGGUCAAAGGUGAGCAGUUACGUGACAACUCCAUUUUUAAGAAUAAGAAAUUUAAAUGUCGGUAGAGACUAUGAAUUUCAAGUUAUGGCAGAAAAUAAAUAUGGAGUAUCAGAACCGGCAACAACAAAAGAACCAAUCAAAGCCAAAUAUCCUUUCGAUGUUCCCGGUGCUCCUGGAACUCCACGGGGUAUUGAAACGACAGAAGAUAGCAUUACUAUCACUUGGAUGAGGCCACGUCAUGAUGGUGGCUCUCCUAUAACGGGUUAUGUUAUUGAAAGAAGACUAAUAUCUGAGGAUAAAUGGAUUAAAGCAAAUCAUAUCCAUGUUCCGGAUACUACAUACAAAGUACCUAAUUUAUUAAACAAUCAUACAUACGAAUUUAGAGUUGCUGCAGUCAAUGCAGCAGGACAAGGUCCUUGGAGUCAGUCGUCGGACGAAAUUGUUUGUCAAUCAUCUCCGUUUGCUCCUAAAAUUACAAGUGAUUUGAGCAUAAGAGAUAUGACUGUAAUUGCCGGUGAAGAAUUUUCAAUAACUGUACCUUUUGUUGCUAAUCCUCGACCGAAACCUAUUUGGACCAUAAACGGAGAAGAAGUAUUUUCUUCGGACAGAAUUAAAUUCGAUACGACCGAUAUUCAAACAAUAUUUAAAAAUAAAUGCGCAAAACGAGGAGAUACCGGAUUGUACACAAUACAAUUAGUUAAUUCAAGUGGUUCCGACAGUGCUUCUUGUAAAGUUUUAGUUGUAGAUAAACCUUCUCCUCCGGUUGGUCCAUUAGAAGUUUCAGAGAUAACUCCCGAAACCUGUACACUCUCGUGGAAACCACCUUUGGAUGAUGGUGGCUCUCCAAUUACAAAUUAUAUUCUUGAAAAGUUGGAUCCAUUUUCAAGGGUUUGGGUUAAAGUAAGCAGUUUUGUAAGAAAUUGUCAUUACGAUAUGAUAGGUUUAGAACCCAAUAAAAGUUACAGCUUCAGAGUUAGAGCUGAAAAUCAAUACGGAAUAAGUGAGCCUUUAGAAACCGAUUCUCCGAUUGUUGCUAAAUUUCCAUUUACUGUACCUGAUCCACCUGGUCAGCCAAGAGUCGUUGACUGGGACUCAAUGGGAAGUGUUACUCUUAACUGGGACAAACCUAAAUUGGACGGAGGUUCUAGAAUCCAGGGUUAUAGAAUCGAAUUCAGAGAUGUAUUGGAGGACAAAUCAUUUAGAGCAGCGAAUGACUACCUUGUUAAAGAUACUAACUUUGUAGUACACAGUUUACUAAGUGGACAUGAAUAUGAAUUUAGAAUUAAAGCCAAGAAUGCUGCAGGUUGGAGUAAACCAUCAUUACCAUCCUCAGCCUUCAAAUUAAAGAGUAAAUUUGCAGUUCCUUCACCACCUAAUUCUCCAAAAGUUGUUAAGGUUGGCAGAAACUACGUAGAUUUGAAAUGGAUGCCGCCAACAUCUGACGGUGGAAGCAAAAUAACUGGAUAUAUAGUAGAAAAACGAGAAGUUGGUGGGCCGUCUGUAUGGCAAAAGGCUAAUGAGUAUAACGUCACGGAUUGUGAAUACACUUGCCUUAAUUUGAUUGAAAGAGCUGAUUACGAGUUUAGAGUAUUUGCGGUAAAUGCAGCCGGAAAAAGUGAGCCUAGUUCUUGCACUACACCCGUUAAAAUACAAGAAGUCGAGGGUGGUAAAAAACCAGAAUUUACUCGACCUCUUACCAACCAAAUUGCUCCAAUCGGGAAAUCAGUUGUGUUUGAAUGUCAAGCAAAAGGAGUUCCUCCGCCUACAGCCAGGUGGUUAAAGAAUGGACGGGAAUUAACAAUGGGUGGCAGAUUUAGUUGUUCUGCAACAAAAGACGGCGUAUUCAAGCUUGAAAUUUCUGAUUUGAAUGAAAUGGACAGCGGUGAUAUAAUGUGCGAAGCAAUUAAUGCCAUAGGAUUUUCUACGUCAGUGGCCAGACUUAAAGUUGGAACGCCUCCUAAAAUUGAAAAAUUACCUGGCGAUUUGUAUCUACCAGAGAAAGAAAAUGCCAAGAUUAAGAUAUUUUAUUCUGGUGACCAGCCAAUGACAGUUACUCUUAAGAAAGGAGGAAGAGACAUUGAAGACUCUUCUCGUAUAAGAUGUACCAUAUUUGAUGAAUACGCAAUUAUAUUUAUAAAAGAAGUAGAAAAAGACGAUUGCGGAAAUUACGUAGUAGAAUGUAAAAACGAUAGUGGAUUUGCUAGUGGUUCAUUUACUGUAACCACAACAGGUUUACCGGGUCCACCUCAAGGUCCACUCGGUGUAACUGAUAUAACCAAACACACUUGUACAUUGAAUUGGCUACCUCCCUUACAUAAUGGCGGUCUGAAAAUCACUCACUAUGUAGUUGAAAGAAAAGACAUAAGCCAUAAUCAUUGGGUGGUAGUAUACUCCUAUUGCAAAGAUACCACAUUUACUGUUCAAGGACUUACGGAAGGUCAAGAAUAUUUGUUUAGAGUAAUGGCUGUAAAUGAAAAUGGAAUGGGCUUACCUUUAGAAGGUAAAAAUCCUAUUAAAGCAAAAGCUCCAUUUGAUGCUCCUUCAGCUCCAGGCAUACCUAGCAUUGUAGAAGUAGGCGGAAACUUUGUUAAUUUAUCUUGGGAUAAACCUGAAUCGGACGGAGGUUCUAGAAUACAGGGUUAUUGGAUCGACAAAAGAGAAGCCGGAAGCGAAACUUGGCAGCGGGUUAACAUGGCAUUAUGUAGCCCCAACCAAAUUAAUAUUAGUAACUUAAUUGAAGGUCGUCAGUAUGAAUUUAGAGUUUUUGCACAAAAUGAAGGAGGACUUAGCGCUCCUUCGGCUAAUUCAACUUCUGUAAAGAUUGUUGAUCCCAAAGCAGCUAAAUCUCCGGAAAUAGUUAAACCACUUAGAAAUGUCAACGCCAUACAAAAUCAUAAUGCACAAUUUCAAUGCACCAUAUCAGGAACUCCAAAACCAACAGUUACUUGGUACAAAGGAGCUCGAGAAAUUACUCACAGCGCAAGGUUUCACAUGUUUGCUGAAGGUGAAACUUAUACUUUGAUAAUAAACGAUGUAUACGGAGAAGAUGCGGACGAAUACGUUUGCCGAGCGGUCAAUAAAGCUGGAGUCAAAUCGACGAGAGCUGAACUCUUUAUAAUGACGCCUCCCAAAAUCAACGUUCCACCAAGAUUUAGAGAUACCGCCUUCUUCGAUAAAGGAGAAAACGUUAUCAUUAAAAUUCCAUUUAUCGGAUAUCCAAAACCUAAAAUCACUUGGUCAAGAGAUGGUGAAAUAAUAGAAUCCGGAAGUCAUUUCGCCAUUGAAACCACAGAAAGACACGCUAUUUUGACAAUAAGAGACGGCAAUAAAAUAGACAGUGGCUCUUACAGAUUGGUAGCUGAAAACGAUUUAGGUCAAGAUUCAGUCAUUAUUAAUAUUCAAAUUAGUGAUAGGCCAGAUCCACCACAACGACCCAUAUGCGACAGCAUAGGCGUUGAUUCUUUGGCUCUUUCGUGGUUUCCACCCGAAUGGGAUGGUGGUUCUAACAUAACAAACUAUUCAAUUGAAAAGCGUGAAUUACCAUUAUCAUCUUGGAUCCGUGUAGGCAGUACGAGAUUUAACACCAUGGCAGUUACCGGAUUAGCUCCUAAUCACGAAUACGAAUUCCGAGUUUAUGCCGAAAACAUCUACGGUAAAAGUGAUCCCGCUGUGAGCAGCGUUGUCAAAACGAAAGGUACCAUCAAGAAGAAAAUGAAAGAGAAGAAAUACGAAGUGGAUGAAACCGGAAAGAAAAUACGAGGAAAAUUCGAUGGACCCAUCAAAAACUAUGACCAAUAUGUGUUUGACAUAUAUUCCAAAUACGUACCGCAACCCGUUGAUAUUAAAACGGAUAACGUUUACGAUUAUUAUGAUAUUCUUGAAGAAAUCGGUACGGGAGCUUUUGGUGUCGUACACCGAUGUAGAGAAAAGAAAACUGGAAGUAUAUUUGCUGCCAAAUUCAUUCCUAUUUCUCACGUAAUGGAGAAAGAACUGAUUAGAAAAGAAAUUGAUAUAAUGAAUCAUCUCCAUCACAAUAAAUUAAUUAAUCUUCACGAUGCUUUUGAAGAUGAUGAUGAAAUGGUCUUGAUAUUUGAAUUCUUAUCGGGUGGCGAAUUGUUUGAAAGAAUCACUGCUGAAGGAUAUCAAAUGACCGAAGCUGAAGUCAUUCACUAUAUGAGACAAAUUUGUGAAGCUAUGAAACACAUGCACGAGAAAAACAUUAUUCAUUUAGAUAUAAAACCAGAAAACAUUAUGUGUCAGACGAGAAAUAGCACAAAUAUUAAACUCAUUGAUUUUGGAUUAGCUACUAAACUUGAACCAAACGAUGUUGUUAAAAUUUCUACCGGCACAGCUGAAUUUGCAGCUCCUGAAAUUGUAGAACGCGAACCCGUUGGAUUUUACACAGAUAUGUGGGCUGUCGGUGUUUUGGCAUACGUUUUAUUAAGCGGAUUGUCUCCUUUUGCCGGUGAAAAUGAUGUCGAAACAUUAAAGAAUGUCAAAGCAUGCGAUUGGGAAUUUGAUGAAGAUGCAUUUGCUGGAGUUUCCGAAGAAGGAAAAGAUUUUAUACGAAGAUUACUUAUCAAGAGUCAAGAAAAACGUAUGACUGCACAUGAAUGUUUAAGACAUCCUUGGCUUAUGGGAGAUGAAAAAUCUAAAACGAAAUUAAUUGACACGUCGAGAUAUUACAGAAUGAGAGAUAAAAUUAGAGCGAAAUAUUCAGAUUGGGAUUCAUUUAUAUUACCAAUUGGUCGUUUGGCAGAAUAUUCAAGCCUUAGAAAAUUACUCGUUGAAAAGUACAAAAUAUACGAUUCAUCAUUCGAUCGAAGACAAGCCGCACCAAGAUUUGUCAUUAAACCGGUCAGUACUUUUGCAUUCGAGGGUCAAAGUGCUAAAUUCACGUGUAGGGUCAUCGCUCUUGCCACUCCUACUCUUACUUGGUAUCAUAAUAACACUGAAAUGAAACAAUCCGUGAAAUACAUGAAGAGAUACAUGGGUGAAGAUUACACGUUUAUUAUAAAUAGAGUAAAAUUAGAUGAUAGAGGAGAGUAUAUAAUAAGAGCUGAAAAUCAUUACGGAUUCAGAGAAGAAAUUGUUUUCUUAAAUGUUCAACCAUUGCCCAAAGAAUUGCCAGUUUAUAAACCGGAAGUCACGCAAAUUCGAAGACGAGAACCACUUUCGUAUAAGAUUUGGCAAGAAGAAAAAGAAAGUGUUCCAUGUUUCACUUUUCUUUUGCGUCCUCGUGUAAUGCAAGCCCGAGAUACCUGCAAACUUUUAUGUUGUUUAUCUGGAAAACCGACUCCCACUGUCAAGUGGUUUAAAGAAGGUAGAGAAUUAUCAAAAUACGAAUACACAAUGAGCCAAUCGGAUGGUGUUGUAACAAUGGAAAUUGUCGAUUGUAAACCAAGCGAUUCUGGAAAAUACAAAUGCGUUGCUACAAACAUACACGGAACUGACGAAACCAGUUGUGUCGUCAUUGUUGAAGAUCACACUCUGGAAAACGUUUCGAUACCGGUACCUAAAAUGAAAAGAGGUAGUUAUAGCAAACCUUCUUACACGCCAACUUCUCAAACGACAAAACCAAGUUCUACCUAUGAUGCGCCGACAAAAUCAAAACCGUCAACGACCACCACGCCAACCACCCCCGCAUCUUCAUUCGAGACGUCACUCAGCAAAGCCGUCACGGAUGGUCUUUCCGGUAAGAAACCAUUGAAAAAAUACGGUGCCAAAUUGGAUUCGACAAGUAGUCCAUCGAGAUCUCGUAACACAACCAAAGAACUUAUUUUACCACCGGAUGACUCUUUGAUGUGCGCUCCUAAAUUCAUAAAAUCUUUGAAUGAUUUGACUGUCAACGAUGGAGACAUGUUAACAUUAAGUUGCACGAUAGAAGGUGAUCCCGAUCCUCAAUGCGAAUGGACAAAAGAUGGACAAAUUUUGAAUUCUUCAGACGUAAUCGAUCUUAAAUAUAAAAACAAAAUAGCAACUCUGUCGAUAAAAGAAGUUUAUCCGGAAGAUGAAGGAGAAUAUGUAUGUAAAGCUACUAAUUCGUUGGGAGUAGCACAAACCAAAUGUAAACUUACCGUUAAAUCUGUACCUGUAGCAAGCAGUCAGCAAAAAGGAAGUGACAAACCCCCGAAAAUUGUCGAUCAUUUGGUAUCGCAAUACGUUAAAGAUGGGGAUCCCGUCGUGCUUCAGUGUCGUAUAAUCGGUUCGGAAAAAUUCGACGUCGUUUGGCUUCACAAUAACAAAGAAAUAAAACCGAGCAAGGAUUUCGAAUACGCGCACGAAGCCAACAUUUACAAGCUUAAAAUAAACGAAAUAUUUCCAGAAGAUUCUGGAAUUUACACGUGCGAAGCUUUCAAUGACGCUGGAGAAUCUUUUAGCAGUUGCACGCUUAUCGUUCUCGUUCCAUCAGAAGAUCCCAAAGGACCGAUAUUUAAAACAUUCCCUCAAUCAGCUACAGUUGCCGAAGGUGAAAAUGCAACUUUUGAAUGCGAAACAGAAAAAACUCCGCAAAAAGUGACUUGGCUAAAGGAUAACAAACCGAUAGAUGAAAAAGUAAAUAAAUAUCAAUUCGUUAUGGAUGGAAGUAAAAAAUUUAAAUUUGAAAUAACAAAUUGCGGUCCUACGGAUGUUGGACAAUACACGGCCAAAGCAGAGGGAAAAAAGGCAGAAACGAUUGCGUCAUUUAUGUUAAACGUCAUACCACCGGGAGAUUUAUAA